AUGAAUAUUCAAACAUCAAGACAAACUAAAAAUAGUCUAUAUGCUUUAGUAUUAGAACAAAACCCUUUACAUCAUUUUACAAUAUUAAAAAAAAUUAAAGAUCAACAUAUUAAUUUAAAAGAUGAGACUGCAGUAUUAAAUGCAAAGGAACAGCAAUUGCUUGAGUUGGAUGAAAAAUUGGAUAAUCAGUUAAGCAAAAGGAUAAACAAAAGGUCAUAUGAGAAGUUGAGCAUAAAGGUAACUGAAAAAAAAUGUAGUAAUAAGUAUGAAGCUGUUGAUAGAAGCUUACCUAAAGAUGAAGUCAUUAGAAGAAGUUUACCUGAAGAUGAAUUUGUUGGCAGAAGGCUGCCUAAAAAUGUUCCCAACAUUUAUCCAAGUAAAAAACAUAAAUCUUCUGUUUUGAUAACUAUCACUAUGGGCACCAAUAUACAG